AGUGGAUGCCCGGAUUUGAAAAAAGAAUAGGAUACGGUUACUACAUUUACAUAGUUCCAGUUCAUUGACGCAAGCACUGGAUCUUCGUCCUUGUUCUAGCAUUGGAAGCUAGAAGGUCUUGAAUAAUAAUCAUAAGUGAAUGCGUCAGCUUUACUGGUAAAGGAAGUAGUGGAGCACAUCCAAAAUUAUGGCUCCGAAGCAGCAGAACGCGAAGGCCUUGAAGGAGGCCGCGAAGGACCCAACCCCAGCAGAUAAUGUUGAGGGAUUUUCAGUUAUGCACUUGUUCUUGGACUGGACAGACAUCGAAUAAGCGUUCUCAGAUGAACUACAAGUAAGUUCCUAUGCACCUGAUGAUAGGAUACAGCCGCUCGUAGAUUUUAUCACACUGAUCUUUUCUUUCCAGACUCCUGCUUCUGUCAAGUAGAUGCAAGUGCAACAAUGUCCGACUGACAGAGUCAUCACCGCUCGUAGAUUUUAUCACAGUGAUAUUUUCUAGUCUCUAGUCUAAUCUGAAACAACACGGUGUUUCCAUGGCUGAGCUGAAGGAAUUCAAGGAGCUUUUCAACCUGAUCGAUUCCGACGGAUCCGGUGCCAUUAGCAAAGAAGAAUUGGGCAACCUCGUUCGAAUCCUCGGCAUCAAAGUCAGCAGCACAGAACUCCAGUUGAUCCUGAACGAGAUCGGGAGUUCAUCCGAUGAUGGAGAGAUCGAGUUCGAUGAUUUCGUGUCUAUCAUGACAUGCAAGAUCAGUGCGGACUACAGCCAAAAGGAGAUUAAAAACUCGUUCAAGAGGUUCGCGAAACAAGACGUACUGUUCAUUUUUCAGAUUAUUUUAUGGAUGUCGAUGUUUUGUGCUUGUGGAGUUCUUUUUCUGAGUUGAAAUAUACUAUCUAAGUCUCAUGUUGUAUAAUUUGUAUGACGAGGUAGCUGUAGAAGUAGGAAUCAUCAGUCACAGUCAGGAGGAAAUUUACGUUCCUCCUCAUGCUCAUCUCUCUAUCUUAGAUGAUUCUUCAUCACCUACAAUUACAACACUACAACAGGCUGGCGCACCAGAGGGCUGCAUUAGGAUACAGGACUUGUUGGAGGGCUUGCGAAAAUACAGUGAUGUACCACCGGACGCGAAGGCGAAUCUGGUGGAUAUCAUAAAUCGACUACAGGUCAACGAUAAUUACUUCGACUACGCGAGUUACGUUGAUAUGAUGAUGAAGUAGGUUGAUAUGAUGGUGAAGUAGGAGUGGAACAGCAGGAUCGUUGUAUCAACGUCGACGCGACGAGGAACAAGAUCGUGUUAGGAUCGUGUCCCAUUGAUUUUGAUGAAGAGCAACGAGUGCAGAUAAUUAGCUUUCUUGGAGCUCAUCAACCUCAAGCUCAAGUAGCUUGAGAAGAAAAAUGGAUGAUUCGGAAUUGAUGAGGAGCAGACUACGAGGACUAGGCGCAACGCCAAGCUAUGUCAAUUUCAAUAAUUGAAUUGAUACUAGGCACGAAUUCGAAAUCGAGUCGUCCCUUUAAUAUCAUCAUAGAUAUUUCGACCAAUUCAUCAUCAUAUUCCGAUGAAUCUCCAU